CAGAUAAUGAGUCCUUCCCGCCCCUGGCCCCAGAGAGGGAGGGGUUUCCUGACAGGAAAUUGUGCUCCUCCAAGCCCUCCCUCCUCAGACCCAAGCUCGCUGCAGUCCUGGCCCAAGUAGGCUGGGGACAGGACCUCAGUGGGGACAGAGAGACAGGCGGUGCCCACCUGCAAAAUGCCCAUCCCGAAGAGCCUGAGGGUGACAGAUUCUAAGGUGCCCCGGGCAGGGACUCUGCCCCUGAGGUCAUCUCGGAACCCCUUUGAGGAAGCUCCAGGGCUGGAGGAAGAGCACGGGGAACUGGGACCCCUGCCCAAUGGAACAUCCUGUCACCGCCGAGCCACCCUGGAGAAGCUGGCAGGCCUGGGCCCCUUCAGGCUGGGCUGGACCACAGGCCGACGCACAGACAGCCCAGGGGAUGGGCAACCCCGCUCUUUCCUGGGCCGAGUGCUGGGCCCAGGGAUUCGGAGGAGCUCCGCAGACUUCGGCCUGCUGGCCCGCUUUCAGGGGACCCGGGCCCACGGGGACGAGGAGGCCGGGGAUACCGCGGCUCGGAGACUGGCCUUCCUGCGGCUGGGGCGGGGGCCCAAGCCCCGGCGUGCAUCCCUGGCAGAGAGGGUGGUGCCUGCUGGUGAGGCCGCUCCUGAGCCCCCACCCAAGGUCCCAGAGCCCCUGAAGAUGAAGGAGCCACUGUCAGUGCUGGAGAUCCUGAGCCUGAUCCAGCAGCGCGAGCUGGCGCGCGCCGACGAGCACAUCCUGGAGCUGGAGGCCGAGGAGCUGGCGUCGUCGGGCGGCGGCGCCCCGGGGCCCCCCCAGGCCGAGGGCCGCCGGGCGCGCGACGUGGCGCUGCUGUACGAGGCCCUGCAGCGCGAGCUGUGGGCGCUGGUGCGCGAGACGCUGGCGGGGCCCGGGCCCGGAGAGGGCGCGGGCGCAGGCGCCGUGGCGCAGCUGGGCCAGGUGCUGGUGCAGGAGGAGGCUGCCGACGGGCGCCGGGGCCCCGGGGCGGCCCGCAAGCUGCGCGCGCGCUGGGCCGAGGCGGUGGCGCGCGCGGCACGCGAGCGCCUGGAAGCCGCUGCGCCCGGGGCGCCGGGGGGCCUGGCGGGGCAGCUGGAGGCGCUGCGCGCGCGGCUGCUGGAGGACAUGGCUGUGGUGCGUGGCCGCCUGGCCCCCGCCUACCCCGCCGGCCUGGGCGCCUUCGGCGUCUACCUGCGCGGCUACCACAGCGCGCUGGCCGAGUGGCUGGGGGCCUCCGCCCGCCGCAGGCUGCCGCUGGCCGACCGCUAUGCGCUGCUGUACUGGCACAACCAAGUGUACCCCAGGGAGGUACUAGGACUGGUGGACAUGGUCGCUCUGGAGAAUGGGGAGCUGGGACCCCUUCUGUCUCCUGGCACUCUUCGGGGUCUGGAGGAUGAAUGCGUCACAGAUGUCAAGGCUCAGACUCGGGCAGCCCUGCUUCGGGUGCUGCAGGAGGACGAGGAACACUGGGGGGACCUGGAGGACCGGCCAGGCAGCCUGGCCCAAGAUGUGUGUGAGCUGCUGGAGGAGCACACGGAGCGAGCACCCCGCAUCAGCCAGGAGUUAGGGGAGCGCAUGGCACACUGCUGCCUGGGGGGGCUGGCGGAGUUCCUGCAGAGCUUCCAGCAGCGCGUGGAGCGAUUCCACGAGAACCCAGGAAUCCGGGAGUUGCCAUCUGACACCUACAUCAGCAGGACCAUCGCACUGGUCAACUGCGGGCCCCCCCUGAGAGCUCUGGCAGAACGGCUGGCCAGGGUGGGGCCCCCCGAAAGUGAGCCGGCCCGGGAAGCCUCGGCCAGCGCUCUGGACCGUGUGACCCGGCUGUGCCACCGAGUUCUGGCCGACCUGCUGUUCCAGGAGCUGCAGCCGCACUUCAACAAGUUGAUGCGCCGGAAGUGGCUGAGCAGCCCCGAGGCGCUGGACAGCAUCGUGGGCACCCUGGGCGCACAGGCCCUGGCGCUGCGCAGGAUGCAGGACGAACCUUACCAGACGCUGGUGGCCGAGCUGCACCGGCGCGCGCUGGUGGAGUAUGUGCGGCCUCUGCUCCGCGGGCGUCUGCGCUGUCGCUCUGCGCGGACUCGCAGCCGCAUGGCAGGGAGACUUCGUGAGGACGCGGCGCAGCUGCAGCGGCUGUUCAGGCGGCUGGAGUCCCAGGCCUCGUGGCUGGAUGCUGUGGUGCCACACCUGGCCGAGGUGCUGCAGCUGGAGGACACGCCCAGCAUCCAGGUGGAGGUGGCCGUGCUGGUGCGCGACUACCCUGACAUCAGGCGGAAGCACGUGGCAGCCCUGCUUGACAUCCGAGGCCUGCACAGCACAGCUGCCCGGCAGGAGAUCCUGGCCGUGGCCCGGGACCUGGAGCUGUCCGAAGGCGGGGCGCUGCCGCCUUCUCGGGACCACGCUUUCUUCGCCGACAUCCCCGUGCCUCGCCCGGCCUUCUGCCUUGGCCUCCCUCUGGUGCUGGGCCGCCUGCCUCUCUCCCGGCUGGCCAGGCCCAGCUUGGCCUGUCUGCCCCUGCGUGCUCGGCCCCCGUUGCCGCGGAGGCCCCGGGCCCAGUGCUGAACGGCUCCCAGCCCUGUGCCUCGGUGUCUCCAACUUGCUGCUGAUGCCCUCUGCCCCGAGACUCCGUGCCUGGGACACAGAGCCUUGCCUGGCAGGACCCUUAGUGUUCAUCUUGCCCUUCCCCAAAUUUCCCUACAGAAGGACACAGAGGCCAGCGGGAGCAGAGACUUCCCAAGGCCACAGAACUGUGCCUGGCUCCUCCCUCUCCGUGGUCCAGGGUGGCGGUGGAGAUGGUGGUGGCCAUGGCGGUGGCGGGUGUUCUGGAAGGCUGGACAGAAAUAUCCCAGCCCCCCUCCCCCUCACCUCAAGGUCUGGCCCAGAUCCAAUGUAUUAAGGAACGUUCGAUACUUAGAAUAAAGAGGUUUCUAUUUAACACUA